UGAUGGGAAACUGUUUAAGGAGGUCGGAAAAAUUAACGGCGGAGAUCGUACCCCACGAAGGCUCAACAUUGUACCAUGCGGUUCGAUUACGCGGCUCGCCGGAGAGCAUUCUCAACGCAUAUGUUCGGUUGGCAUCCGCUUCAACAAAUUCCAUCCCCUCCGACAGAAGGUUCUUGCCUCCGGCAUCGACAACGUCGACGGCGGCGCGUAGCAGAGUACCUGACUGCACAGACAACGAGAUCACGACGACGAUCCAGGUGAGAUCCGAAGGCGUGACGGGCUCCCGCGACGCACUACUGAGGUUUAUAGACUCGCGGUUCCCUGGGCUGUCAUCAACGCCGCCACAGGCAUAUGCGCCAACAGCAAUGGCGGCAGUGGUAAGCAAGGGUGAGUUGGAAACGACGUCGUUGAUAGUGAGGAUGACGAAGAUGCAGCACAAGAGCAUGACGUGGCAUCUGGAGAGGAUGGUGAGGUGGGCGGAGGAUCUGGCGAGACGUGGAGGGAGGAGAGCCGUUGAUCCGAAGGUGGGGAGUUGGAGGAUGGAGGUGAGGAAGUUUUCGAAGAGCUACUGUCUGUUGUUGGAGGUGAUGAUGGAGCACGCCCAGAUGGAGGAGAGAGUCCUUUUUCCCAUCUUUGAUAGUGCCGAUCGAGGACUAUCUAAACAUGCGAAGGAAGAACAUGCAAGGGACCUCCCUAUCAUGAAUGGCAUAAGAGAAAUCAUCAAAUCUGUUGAGGUUUUAGAUUCAGGAAGCCCAAAUUACAGAGAGACACUGCAUACCCUUUCUUCUCGGCUCAGAACACUGCAGGGACAAUGCAACCAACACUUUCGGAGUGAGGACGUUGAAUUGCUUCCAAUGAUGGAGGCAGUGGAAUUGAGUGAUGAGCAGCAUAGGAUUGCACUAGAGCAUUGCUUUGAUGUGAUGCAAGGAACGCAUCGCCCCUUAUUGAAGUUCUUUCUUGAAGGGCUCCCACCUCAUGAUGCUAUGAAGUACCUGGAUUUGAUCAGCAUGUGUAGGGACAAAGAGAAAAUGGAACGCAUGCUACAAGUAAUUCUUGAGUAAAAUGUCCUCUUCCCCGUGAGUUGUUUUAAAAAAGAAAAAAAAUAAAAUUUAAUUAUUUUGUUGAUCUCGAUAAUUUAAUUAAAUUUAUA